AUGUCCAGCGAGGCAGCCUCGCCGGGAUCGGACGGCUCCGACUUCCGCCUGCCAAGCGAUGACGGCGGUGACUCGGACGACUACAUGGACGACAGCGCGAUGCAAGUCGAUGAGCCUCCCUCCGAAGACGGCUCCUACGACGACGAGGACGACUUCAAGCCUGCCUCACGGCGCGGUCGCGGUCGUGGUCGAGGAAGAGGUGCUCGCACUCCCAGAGGCCGAGGAACGGGGACGAGGGUUGCGCGCAAGAACGGCGGUGUAGCCUUCACGACGGGUACUCCGAAGCGCGCCCCAAGCGAAGCGUUUGGACCGUCAACAAUCGCCGCCGUCGCCGAGAGCGACCUCAUGGGCAUGCCCCCCGCCUAUCGCGAGUACCUACUCUCCUCGUCUGUUGUGGUGGUCAAAGGCCCUGACUGGAAGAAGGAGUAUUAUCCCAAUACUGGGGGCACGCGUGUUCCUAUCUUCCCAUUGGGACCUGUUACGCCUUUUACAACCCACCUCAAGAACCCUCCCAACCUCCCUAGAUUGGAAGGGAGGCUUACCGAGAUCGAAGUAACCCCGGACGAAGAGCGCGGAUCGUCCCGAACCGAGGCAAGGAGGCUCGCGAGCCGGAAUAAGGCGAAGCGGUUUGGACUGUUGGAACCUUGGCAGGUCUGGGAGGGAGAGGGUUGGUGGCCUGAGAUGGCGGGGGGUGGGGAUGGCCCGAUGGAGGGAUGGACCUGGCGUAGCGAUGUGCGGCUUGGCCUCGACAACGUUGGGCGCGGGUUGAGCCAGAACGUCGUUCCGUCCUUACAUGGAGAGACUUUCCUCGGGAAAGGGAAGGAGGUCACUCUGAACCUAGGACGACACGAUGCGCUGAAGCGUGUCGUGCUCACGACAUUUAUGUCUGCGCCAAUAGAUAACGCAUCAGAGGCGUCGACGGGUUUCGUGUUCAACGCCGGCGGACCAGUCUGGGGCCUGGACUGGUGCCCAUAUCCGGAGCGUCUUACAGCUCAACGAGGCUGGACUCUCCACCUUGCUGUGAGCACGCUGCCGGACGACACGCCCAUAGGUGGUCGCUGCGCACCAGGUACCCCCGGUGCCAUCCAGAUUUGGUCGGUCCCAUCCGCAGGCGACGCGACCCCCAGGUGCGAGAUCGUGCUCUGCAUCGAGGGCGGACCAGCAUCCGACCUCAAGUGGAUGCCGAUGGGCGGGUGGGACGAGCUCGAUGUCUCGAGUCCCAAACUCGGCAUCGUCGCUGCCGUGCAGCUCGACGGCACCGUGUCGUUCUACUCUGUCCCCGAGCCGCAGGCACUGCGCACCGAGGCCAGGGCGGAUGGACAAGUCUACAUUCGCGCCGCACCGCUGCUCAAGAUCAGCAUUCCCGACGCCAGCGUGACGUGCAUCGACUGGCUCGGCGGUACACGCCUGGUCACCGGGCUGUCAAAUGGCGCCAUCGCCGUCUGGGAGGUCGACGUGACCAACCCGGAGCCACCUUUGCCGUCGAGCUUGACGACCAUCGGCUUAGGCCCUGUACGUUCUGUUGCUGCUGGUCGUGUGCCACCAACCACGGCAGAUGGUCAGUACGACUACACGGGCGAUUCCGUGUACGUCGUUUCGGCGACGUGGGAGGGGACGAUCAGCCUCACCGACCUGCGCGACCCAGCCGGAACCAUGGAGAUCAACCGAUCACGCCUUCCCGUUAUGGCAGUUGCCUGGACGUCGCAGGGCGUGACGCCGCUGUAUGCCGAUGUCGACUAUAUGAUCACUGCGUCGCAGCUCCGCAACGACGGUCCCAGCACGCAUCUCUUAGCUCCGCACCGCGGCCCUGUUUGGUCCAUUGCGACGUCUGACUACCACACCAUGAUUGCCUCGGCGGCGUCGGACGGCGCGCUGAUCAUCUCCACCUUCUCCCUUGGAUUCUACCGCCGCAAGCUCGCCGGAUUGCUCUACUACCGGCUAUACGAACUCGACUAUGACGAAGUGUCUGGCGAAUACCGUAUGGUGGACGACUUCAAGCCCGAGACGAGCGGUAUCGAAGAAGCUAUCAAGCAUGCGGGCAAGAAGAAGAGCUCGGCCAAGGACGCGCAGAUGUGGGCACCGGAGAAGGGAGAUGUGCAAACGAUCAAGACUGCUGCUUGGAGCCGCAACGUCUCACUCCACCGGACGGUAUGGCAUACAGGUGGGGGUCUGGGGAGUGCAGGCUGGCUGGCAAGUGGGGGCUACAGCGGGAUUGUUCGCGUCGAGGCCAUGACGGCACGGUUGCUGAAGCAGUGA